GAAGGAAGAGAAGAAAUUCGGAAUAAUUCAGAGAGAGAGAGAGAGAGAGAGAGAUGGAUUGUCUGCUUAAGACGCUAACGAAGAAGGAAGAGAUCGAUCGAAUCAUCAGAGACACAAUCGAUAAAGUGCUUGUGUUACGAUUCGGCCGGGAAAAAGAUUGUCUUCAUCUUGAUGACAUUCUUAAUAAAUCGGCGAGAGAUGUGUCGAAAUUCGCUGAGGUAGCUUUGGUGGACGUUGAUUCAGAGGAAGUUCAAGUUUACGUCAAGUACUUCGACAUCACUUUCUUACCUUCGACUGUCUUCUUCUUCAACGCGCAUCACAUGAAAUUGGAUUCUGGAACUGCUGAUCAUACCAAGUGGGUAGGUGAAUUCCAUGAAAAACAAGACUUAAUUGAUGUUGUUGAGGUGAUUUUCAGAGGAGCCAUGAAAGGGAAGAUGAUUGUUCAUUGCCCAAUUCCACAAGAGAGGAUACCAAAGUACCAACUCUUAUACAAGGAUAUGUAGAAAACUAAGAUUUUAUUGUUCUUCUUUUAAUAAGAUUUUGCGAAUUGCAAAAACUGUUUUCUCAUCCGUUAUGUUAUUUACAUGACAUUAUACUUCUACAUAUAUGUUUUUUUUUUUGUACACAGUGGAAGAAUGAGAUAAAUAUAUGCGGAUUUUUGACAGUGUCGAUGA